GUACUGACGAAGAACAGUUACAAAAUAUUAGUAUGCUCUUCUGCAUAAUUUCCCGUUGUGAAGAAAUUGAGAAAAUAUUAAGCGCAUGGGAGAGUAGAAUUAAAAAUAGUAGAAAUUUUACAUUUGAUUUCUCCCUCCAUUUAGAAAGACUAGAAAGGUUAUCGAGUGAAGAUAUUUGGUCUGAAAAAGAUUUUAUAGAAUAUAAUAAUGUAUUGGAAAUAUUACACGCUUGUUGCGAAGAAAAUGAUAUAAGUUACUUGACUACAGUCUAG